AUGCAACCUUCGUUUAUCUCGCGUGCAGUCCAUAAGCCUCUCAUUCAAUUCGUGGGUUCAAGGGCCAACUUGUGGAAAAAUGCACCCUCCCAUGCUGGUCCCCAUCCAAUGACGCCCGCUAACCUCGAAAAGCACGUUGCCAAGGCCAACCCCACACCUGCUGCACCUGCCAAGCAACCCACCCACUCCAAGGGAGCAUUGGAAUUCGCUGACUUGCCAGCACGAUACCGCCGUGCACCUCUUAGUGAAGCCGAAAUGGAAGCUAUCGAGUCUGGAGGUGCUACUCUUAUCAUUUAA